UAUCCCAUAAUUUCUCCAUUUGGAGAUUCAGCUACUUGAAAGUAUUCAGGCCAAUGUGCCAAGUAUUGCAUGUAAAAUGAUAACCCAUAGGUUUCGGUUAAGGGGUCCAAAUUUCUGAAAAAUAAAUACCCAUGGCAAAUUUUUUAUAAAUUAUUAAAAUAAACUUACACGUUGUUAAAUUUGUACAUAUCAUCGCAAGUGAAAGGCCGUAAAGUCGUCAUUUUAAAGUAAUUUGGAAAAGGAUUUAAGGUUAGAAAUUUUUUCAACAACAAUUGUGAAGUUAACUACAGCUGAGCUAACUUCGUUACCAUCAAAUUUUAAAUUCAUUCAGUUGUCAACCUGCCUGUCAUCACAAAUGACGUAAAUUGUCUGUUUUCGCAAUGAUAGUUUUAAAACAAUAAUAAUUGCAAUAAAACAAAAUAAAAAGAAAUUUUCAAUAAAUAUCGCGCAUUUUAUGUAAAACCAAGUAAACUUUUCCAACAUUUGGGUUAGAUUGUAAGAUGACAGAGUCUCAAAAUGAAAUUAACACAGGAAAUGGGUCUGCAGUUGAUGGAAACAAAUUAAAUGUGGAUGUGCUAAAGGAUUUAUGCACCAACAAUGCAGAUUUUUUUGCGCAGGAUAGCAGUGAAAAUGGGCAGAGGUUGUAUAUAUCUUUUUUGGCAAUAAUCGAUGUGGCUGAUUCAAUAUGGCCCAAAAUACAACGAAUAGAAGAAAAGUGUGCAGCUUUUGAUUUUGAUGAAAAUACGCCUGGAAAUGGUUAUAGAAGCUUUGUAUCUAUUGUAAAUAGAGCUAUAGAAUCUGCAGUGCAGUUGAAUAGUAAUGUUAUUUUAAAACGAAGCAAAGUAUUAUUUAGAAAAAGUAGUGUGGCAAGAGAUGUAGAGUCAGUUUCUCAUUUAAUAACAAGCUUGGAUACAUGUUUAAAACAUCUGGAAACGUUAUUAUCUUGGAGCAGCAAUGGCAAUUUAUUUCCUGAUGAAGUUCACUCCCCAGUGGAACUUCUUUCACACUGUGAAGAUAUUAAUCAGUAUUGUUUUUAUGGGAGAAGUAUGGGCUUUCAAUAUUGUGAGUCUCUUAGAAAUGUUUUACAAUUUAUUGCAUUGUCGAUGGCAAUUUUUUCUGAAGCCUAUUAUGGUCAAGGCUCUUUACUUUCAAAAGCAACAAGUCACGUGAUGACGACCACGAAGUACCUAACCGACCCAGAGCAAAGGGCCCGCAGGAUAGUUAAUAUUUCCCAAAAUGCCGACGUCGACUUCUGCAAAGCGUUCUGGUUUCUAUCGGAGAGCGAACUCAUGAACCACGUGCCAAACGUGGUAUCGAACUCCAUAGCUGUGUCUCAAAUCAUACAGCUUCCGCCUGAACCUUUAACUUUAACAGUAAACGGAAGGGAGGUUGAAGUGCCUGUACCAAGUGCGCAUAUAGGGAACAAGCCAGUACAAGUACGUCUGAUAAGUUACAAAGUACGCAAGGGCAUGAUAGGGCAAGCCGCCUCUACGAAGGCGGAGCCGCCCUCCAGAGGCCUGUUGAUUCACUGUCACGGCGGCGGAUUCGUUGCUCAAUCGUCGAAAUCUCACGAAAGCUACCUACGAGAUUGGGCGAAACAGCUGAACGUGCCGAUACUGAGUAUCGACUACAGUUUGGCGCCCGAGGCGCCAUUUCCCAGGGCGCUCGAAGAGGUUACGUACGCUUAUUGUUGGGCGUUGAAAAAUCACGAGCUUUUGGGCAGUACAGGAGAGAAAAUAGUAGCUGCUGGAGACUCAGCAGGGGCAAACCUGAUAUUAUCAAUGACAUUAAAAUGCAUACACCUGAACAUUCCCCUACCAAUGGGCAUUUUUGUUGCCUACGUCCCAACAGUGGUUAAUUUUAUACCAUCUCCUGCAAGAUUAUUGUGUAUGAUGGACCCUUUGUUGCCUUUUGGAUUUAUGAUGCGGUGUCUUAAAGCUUACGCUUGUCCGGAAACAUCAAAAGUAAAGGCAGACAACAACUCUGACACUGAAAGUUUCGAAGAAAUAACCGAGUCGGAUUUGUUGGAACUUCAGGCUCACAAAUCGCCAACGUCUGAAACUUCAGACACCAUGACGUACGGAUCGCUUCCCGCCGAAGAUGACGUUAAAGAGAUUAAUACGGAAGAGGGGCAGAAAUAUAUGACGGAAUUUUUGGACAAAUACGUCUUGGGGUUGUUUGGCCAGAUAAAAAAUUACAUAUAUUCCGACACGGAAACGGACGGCACCAAAGUGCCGACGUUAAAACACGAGAGCACCUGUUCCUCCACGUCGAUAGACCGGUCGUUGCAAAACAAGGUGGCCACGCUCGUGUCGAACUUGCGCGGCCGCUUCUCGAAGCUGCUGCUCGAACGAAAGCCGACCGGAGCCGAAAGGUUCCUCGACGUCGAUCGGCAGAGCAGCAUGAUGGACGAGUUUCGGUUCGUCGUGCCCAAGGAUCCCUACCUGAGCCCCUAUUUCGCGGACGACGACGAUCUGAAGCAGUUUCCACCCACCAGGGUACUGACAGUCCAUUUGGAUCCUUGCCUGGAUGACUGUGUAAUGUGGGCCAAAAAACUUAAAUACCUUGGGACCGAUGUUAAAUUAGAUCUAUUAAAUGGACUUCCACACGGAUUUUUAAAUUUUUCGCUGCUUUCCAAAGAGGCCUACGAGGGAUCUAAAGUAUGUAUAGAAAGAAUUAGGUCGCUAUUAGACCUAGACAAUUUACCCCAGGAAAAUGGAAAAUAAUUAAGUAAUUUGGAAAAAAAAAUUAUACCUGUAAUAAUACUUUGAGAAACAAGUAGUAACUAAUACAAAACAGGUAUUAUUAUAUAGUAAUUUAUUAAAAAGAUCUUAUAUAACCUUAAGGUAUUGAAUAUUUAAUUUGAUUUUAUUUGUUGUGAUUUUUAUAAUUUUAUUAUAUUAAAAAAAAAUGUUAAACAUUCACUAAUUUCCAUUUAAAAUAUAUUAACUGCUAAUUGCUUUUGUCUUGUGGAAUUAAUUAAAUUCGUUUAAUAUCAAUGUAUUUUUGAUAAAUGUAUGUAUUGUAUUUAAUAAUAAUAGUCCAAAUCAUAACAAUAAAACUCCAUGACACUUUAAAACCUUUAGGUUAAUUUAUUAGUAUAUAAUUAGUCAAUUAAAUUUUGUUAAUUGUAAGUAACUGUGAUUAUUUCUGAAACUACUUAUGAUCUAUGCGCUUCAAGAACAAAAACAUCAAUAAAUAAGUUGAUAAGAAGUAUUAUCUAUGAAAGUAACUCUCUUAUAUUUAAACUUAAAUUGAAUUAAAUAAGUGAUGUAUGUUUUCAUAUGUCUCUUGACUUUUUUACAAAAUAAAAACAGGACUACCUGUUGAAAACUUGUUUUACGCAAAUUUAAUUCUCUUACCAAUAAAUUUUCUCGAAUUUAGAUACCGGGUCUGUUUGUAUAAAAAUGAGGACCGAAAUUUUUACGCAAAAUUUACCUUACAAAAAUUAUUUACAAAAUUGACCCUAUGAUGCAAAUUGUAAAUUUGACGUUACUUAAUUAUUGUUGAUUGCAAGGUUGAUUCUGUCGUUUUUGUAACACAAAUUGUCACCCUUUUUUGACAGAAUCUGGUCACAUUACUAAUAUUUCAAUUUGUUUAAUUAAAUCAGUUGAAUAAGACAGGCUUUUCCAGAAUAACGCUUCGUUAAUUGUAAUAACCCAUUAAGUGGACACAGGGUAAGAGCUAGACUAACUUACCGAAGUAAGUUUGCACCGACAAAUAAUUGUUAUCUGAAUUAUACAGACUGCCUUUUUUAUCCAAACAAACCCUAGUAUUAAAUUAUUAUUUAAUAUAGCUCAGGACUCAGGACUCCUAAGUCAUAAGUAUGUUAUGUAGUUAAUUAGUUGGGCAUGUUAUUUAUUUAUUUAUUAAAAAAAUAAUUACUAGGACUAGGACAGUAAUAUUUAUUAUUAAAUUGUUUUAUUUUAUUUAAGUGUUCAGUUUAUAAAAACAAAUAUGUCCGGUUAUGUCAAACGUUGCCUUCAUUUUUUUAAAACCAUGUUUUGCAUACUUUUAAUACUCACUUAAAUAAAAACCAAAUUAUUAAGAGUUCCUAUUUACACUGUUACUUUUUGAUUUUUAACCAGUUUUGUAUGGUCAAGUUAUCCACACUUUAAUUAAUUAAUUUUUUAAUUCAACUUUUAACAAAAUGGCACAUUGGCAUAAAAAACUAUAUUUAAAAAAUUCGACAAAACUGUUUCCCAUAAGAUUUGAGAAUGAGAGGUUAUUGAAAACAAAACAAACAAUGGAGGUGAGCUUAAAAUAUUAAUAAGUAAUCCUAAAUAAAAAAAUCCUCCUUAAUUUUUUUAUACUCAAAAAAAAAAUUCUAAAAAAAGUAUUCAUUGAUCCCUCCAAUCAAUUCGGCAAAAUGUUUUCGAAACCUUUGCUCUUAUAUUCUAGCCGUUUUGGAAAAAACUAGAUAAGCCGAUUUUUUUAGUCGAAAGGUUAAUUGUUAAAGGAAAAAUAAAGAAAAAUUAAUGUUAAUUGUCAAAGGAAAAAUAAAGAAAUAUAUACAAUAAAAAAAUUCAAAUAUUUUGAAACUUAGAUAAAAAGUUACUGUGUGCAUAGGAUCAAACUAUAUUGAAGUGUUUAGGGCGUUAAGAUUAAUUUUUAUAUUACACAAACAUGAGCAUAAGGAACAUUUUCCAAAAAUUUUAUCUAUAGUGUAAUUAAUUAUAUUGUAAACCAAACACCAAACUAUUGGACAAUAUUCUCAGUAUUCUCUUUAAUAUGUUAUUUAAUUUUUUUUAUUUAUAUUUAAAAAUAUUUUCAGUGUGUUGUAUAAAGAAAAAGAGAAAUAUCAAUGCAAUGAUGAACAAUUUUUGCUGGAGUCUGUAUAUUGCAUUGAGAUUUUAAUCUAUUCAAAUGAUAUUACUUAUUUUUAUAAUUUUUACUUAUUUUAUUAUUUUAACAAAUUAUUUUUUAUUAAAUUAUAUAGUACAAGGUUUUUAGAUGGUAAUAUAAAAUGUUAUUUUCAUUGUAAAUAUUGUUAAUAUUUAUAUACUCCAUAUAUUAACUGGGCAUAAUAAAUUUCAAUAUAAACC